GCAGCCCCGUCCGGGCGGCCCCCCCGGCGCGGGGGCGGGGGCCGCGGGCGGGGCGCGGGGGCCGCUGGCCCUCAAAUGGCGGCUCGGGCGCAGGAUGCCGUCCGCGAUGCGUCCCCGCCGCCGCGGCCACCGUCGGCGUCGAGGUCGGCGGCGCCGUCCGAGCCGUCGUUGGAGGAGGAGUGGCCGCUCCUGCUGGACAGCAUGUCCUCGAGUCCCUCGCCAGCCCGCGAGCUGCUCGAUCCGGCGGGCAGUCCAGCGGCCGAGCUGGAGGACCCGGGGGCGGAGCCGCUGCGGAAGCGGCUGCGGCUGACGGCGCCGCGGGGCCUCGGUCGCGGGCCGCCGCC